AUGGCCGACCCGAACAUGUAUCACGCAAUGGGCUCUGAAGAUCCAAAUCAGCGCAUGGCACAGCACGCCCCUCCUCAAGGCUACCCCGCUGCCGGCUACCCUCCCGGUGCAGCUCCUCCGCAACCGGGAGCUGCCUACCCCAGCCCGUCUCAGAACCAAUGGCCCGCCUACGGCUCGCCGCAACAAAACAUGGCCACGGGUGCCGAUGCCAUAUACAAUGCAGCACAUCAGGCACCCAUGGGCGCGCCGGUCGAUCCAGGCAUGGCCGGCCUGACAUCUCAGAUGGGCGGCAUGGGGAUAGCGGCGGACGCGGGGACAAGAACACACCGGAAGAAGCACCGCCAUGCCCAUCAUGAUCUGGGCGCUGCUACAGCGCCCCCGGCACAAGGAUUCCAGGGUGGGAUUCCUCAGGGGAAUAUGCAGCCGACGUCGCAGUUCCUCAACACGGGCUUGAAUCAAGCUCCACAGCCAGUCUCUCCUGCAAUGGCUCCCCAGGCCGGAGGCCAGGUGCCAGGGCUGGGAGGUCACCAACCAUCAGAACUGAGCGGCACUGUCAGCUCUGUUCCUACCCAGGGCCGAAUUGACCCCGAACAGAUCCCCAGCGUGCCGCGCUCGCGAGAUCUGCCCGCCCAGUACUAUUUCAAUCAUGUAUAUCCCACGAUGGACCGCCAUCUGCCACCUCCUGCGGCGAUCCCGUUCGUGGCUCACGAUCAAGGCAACUCGUCACCGAAAUUCGCUCGACUAACGCUCAACAAUAUUCCUUCCACCUCGGAUUUUCUCUCCUCGACCGGCUUGCCCUUGGGCAUGAUUCUGCAGCCACUUGCACCAUUAGACCCCGGCGAGCAACCGAUACCCGUGCUGGAUUUUGGAGAUGUGGGCCCUCCGCGAUGCCGACGCUGUCGAACAUACGUCAACCCCUUCAUGUCCUUCCAAUCAGGCGGUAACAAGUUUGUUUGCAACAUGUGCACGUUCCCGAAUGACACGCCAGGCGAGUACUUUGCGCCUCUGGACCCGACAGGGGCACGCGUUGACCGCAUGCAACGACCGGAGCUGAUGAUGGGAACGGUGGAAUAUUUGGUCCCCAAGGAAUACUGGAACAAGGAGCCGGUAGGCCUCCAGACUCUGUUCCUGAUUGACGUCAGCCGGGAAUCCGUCCAUCGUGGAUUCCUCAAGGGUGUUUGUGAAGGAAUUGCCGAAGCGUUGUAUGGAGAGGAUGGAUCGGUGGAUGGCACCGAGGGUGAAGAUUCGACGUCACGGAGACUUGCACCAGGGGCAACGGUUGGCAUUGUGACGUUUGACACAGAAGUGCAUUUCUACAACCUCACGGCUUCGCUGGAUCAAGCACAGAUGAUGGUGAUGACUGACUUGGAAGAGCCGUUUGUUCCCUUGAGCGAGGGUCUUUUUGUCGACCCGUACGAAUCCAAGUCCGUGAUCACAUCGCUCUUGAAUCGGAUACCUAGUAUCUUCUCGCACGUCAAGAAACCCGAACCAGUGGUGCUGCCUACACUGAAUGCUGCCCUCUCAGCAUUGCAGGCGACGGGUGGCAAGGUCGUCUGCGCGCUCUCCAGCUUGCCCACUUGGGGCCCUGGGAAACUGGAGAAUCGGGAGGACCCCAAAAUUCACGGAACAGAAGCAGAGCGAAAACUGUUCACGACAGAAAAUCCGGACUGGAAGAAGACAGCAAGCAAAAUGGCUGAGGCUGGGGUGGGCGUCGAUUUCUUCAUCGCCGCCCCCGGUGGUGUCUAUAUGGAUGUUGCCACGAUCGGCUAUGUAUCGGCGCUUACUGGCGGCGAGACAUUCUUCUAUCCAAACUUCCAUGCGCCACGUGAUAUCUCAAAGCUGCGGGGAGAGAUCGCUCACGUCGUCAGCCGAGAGACGGGAUACCAAUGUUUGAUGAAGGUCCGGUGCUCGAAUGGCCUCCAGGUUUCUUCCUAUCAUGGGAACUUUGUGCAACAUGCACUGGGCGCUGAUCUAGAGAUUGGCGGCGUGGAUGCGGACAAGGCAAUUGGCGUGCUCUUCAGCUACGAUGGCAAGCUCGACCGCAAGCUGGAUGCGCACUUCCAGGCGGCAUUACUGUAUACUUCUGCGGAUGGACAGCGACGUGUCCGGUGUAUCAACGUCGUGGCGGCGGUCAACGAAGGCGGCAUGGAGACCAUGAAGUAUGUUGACCAGGAUGCCGUGGUAUCCAUCAUCGCCAAGGAAGGUGAGAUUAGUGCCCUUCUCUUUAUGAAAACAUGUAUACUCACCCCUAGCCGCAGCCGCCUCCAAAACACUCGACAAGACGCUAAAGGACAUCCGGGGCCACAUUUCAGAGAAGACGGUCGACAUCUUCAGCGGAUAUCGCAAGAUCUUCUCUGGAUCCCACCCCCUGGACAAUUAGUUCUUCCUGAGAAUCUGAAAGAAUUCUCGAUGUACAUGCUCAGCUUGGUCAAGUCGAGAGCAUUCAAAGGUGGCAAUGAGUCGUCAGACCGGCGGGUUCAUGACAUGCGUAUGCUUCGAUCAUUUGGCGCUACUGAGCUAUCCCUCUACCUUUACCCGCGUAUCAUACCCAUCCACAACAUGCAGCCAGAAGACGGAUUCCCGAAUGAGCACGGUCAGCUUCAGGUGCCGCCUGCGUUGAGGGCUAGCUUCUCCAAGAUCGAGGAUGGAGGCGCAUACUUGGUGGAUAACGGUCAGACAAUCUUGCUGUGGCUACAUGCGCAGGUAUCGCCCAACCUGCUGGAAGAUUUGCUCGGGCCUGGCCAGAACUCCCUCCAGGAGCUCAAUCCCAACCUCUCGUCAUUACCAGUGCUCGAGACGCACCUGAACGCCCAGGUGCGGAACCUGCUUCAAUACCUCUCGACGGUACGCGGAUCCAAGGCUGUGACGAUCCAGAUGGCUAGGCAGGGUCUAGACGGUGCGGAGUACGAGUUUGCCCGACUCUUGUUGGAGGACCGAAACAACGAGGCGCAGAGCUACGUGGACUGGCUGGUGCACAUCCACCGACAGAUCAACCUGGAGCUAGCCGGCCAACGCAAGAAGGAAGAGACGGGCGAGAGCACUCUGGCCAGCCUAUCUGCGAUGGGGUCGUCGUAUUGGUAA